AUGCUUAGUUUGAGCCGGAUACAAUUCGAUGGCUUUUUUAUCUCGUUGUUCGCCAGGUUGGCUAUGCCCGUCGCCGACCUGUCAGGCAAGCUUGCCAUCGUCACCGGUGCCAAUUCUGGUAUUGGGCUGGAGGCCGCUCGCGCUUUUGCAGGAAUGGGGGCUCGAGUUGUUCUAGCAUGCCGCAACAAGGAGAGAGGAGAGGAGGCGAAGAAAAGCAUUAUCGAAACCACCGGAGCAACCACGGGAGUGCUCGCCAUCACAGAGGAUGAUUAUGAGCAAACAUACCAAGCCAACCAUUUGUCUCACGUUCUUCUCACCCAUGGCCUACUCAACGCAGGAUGCAUCGCUCCCGAUGGACGCAUUGUGUCUGUUUCUUCUAUGAAUUCGUACUUUAGCGGCCCACUAAACAAGAAUAACGUGGACAAUCGCGAUAUUCUGACCAAGUUCGACAACAAGGCCGGACCAAGCUGUCGUUUAUUGACAUGA